GAAGUUGCUGCCUUCUAAAAUUGGAAGCGUGGCUACUUAUGAAAACCACGAGAGAGUUGCUAUUAACUGGGACUAUUAUUUGCGUUCAGAGUGAUUAUAUUCGUUCAUUUUGCAGACAACUUCAGAGGAAGGUUUAGACUUGGGUCGUGUGUUUUUGUCAUGAUUUCGCAUGUCUUGGGGAUUGCGUGAAGUUGCAUUGUGCGCGUCAAAUGGACUUGUGGGUGAUUACUUGCAGUUUACGGUGCGCAGUCUGAAAUGAGACGAUCUUUUUUUUCAGUUGAAGGAAACAGCUGAACGUCCUCAGAAUGCUGUUUAUCUCUUUUGCCAGAUGAUGCCUGUUGAUUGUGUAUUGCGCCAUGACCUUUAGUAGGACUGAAGUGGACAAUGAAGUUAUGGGAUAGUCUGACCACUUGUUUGGUUCUGCUGAGCGCAGUACGCGCGGGCUCGCUGCUCCGGAGCCGACAGCAGUCCACGGCCACUAGGAGGAGAGAGCGCGCAGCGGAGAGUCCACUGGAGCCUCCACCGGUUCAGAUACGCCUGUCUCUUUCCUCCCCGGGCAUCAAACGUACAGAAACAGCAGACAGGGAGGAUAUACUGACUGGAGUUGACAAAUACACCAUGGAGGAGCCCCUCCCAGAUGACUUCGAAGAUGUGAUUGACUUCAUCAAAGUAACCAUCAGUAGAAUACGUCGAUCCUCCUCAUCUGCUGUAUUUUCAUCUUCUUCUUCCUCCUCCCCCUCUCCACACAGACAAAACUUAAACAGCAGGACUCGACAGAGAAGGGAGAGGAAGACUGGUGCAAAGCUGGAAAAUGGCAAAGGAGGAAGAAGAGGAGCUAGAGUUGGGGAGAUGAAGAGGAAAAAUAGAGGAGGAGGUGGCAAUGGAAGAGGACAGGACUGUGUGCUCAAACAGAUCCACCUAAACGUGUCAGAUCUUGGUCUUGGUCACCGUUCCAGUGAGGAAAUGAUAUUUAGAUACUGCUCAGGACCCUGCAGAAAACCUGAAAGCAACUAUGACAAAAUUCUCUUUAACCUUGUUCACAACAAGAAACUUCCCUCCAAAGACUUAUCCCUGCAGGCUUGUUGUCGGCCAGUAGCAUUUGAUGAUGACCUCUCGUUUCUGGAUGACAGCCUUGUUUACCACACUGUGAAGAAACACUCUGCCAGAAAGUGUGGCUGUGUAUAAGGGGGAAACAUUGGUGUAGUGUUAUUUAUUUAUAGGUUUUAAUGCUAUGAUUUGAAUCCAAGGGGAUAAUUAAAGUGAGCAGGUGGCAUCAUUCCAGUUUUUAACCACAAAACUUCCUUAUAAUUUCUUUCCUCCCCCUCAUCUCCAGAAAGAGAUCAAUGAUUUAUUUCAGAGUCAGAAACUUAGAUUGCCAAUGUGUUCACUAUGAUGACAAACUCAGCAAACUCAGAGACUCUGUCCACUGUAUACAACUUAU